AUGUCUCCAGUUGGCAAGCCACAUCCAAAAGAUAAAUUCACCCAGUCAGAAGAUGAUAAGCUUAGACUCCUUGUACAGGUGUUCGGUACAUCUAAUUGGAAAAAAGUUAGCGAAUACAUGGUUACAAGAAAUCCAAGACAAUGUCGCGAUAGAUAUAAAAAUUAUUUAGCUCCACACCUUAAUUCUAGUCCAUGGGUUCCUGAAGAUGAUGCAAAGUUGCUUGCAUUAGUUCAGCAAAAUGGCCGGAAGUGGUCAAUGAUCGCAAAGGAGUUCCCAGGAAGAACAGAUAUUAAUAUAAAAAGCAGAUACUCAUUACUUCUUCGCCAAGAAGAAAGAGAAAAGGAGAAACAAAAAUUGAAUCCAACUCCAGCACCACUUAUUCAAAAGUUACAACCAGCUCCAGCUCUUGAAUUUGAUGAUUCUGUUGAUCUUUUCGAUUUCAACGAACUUCAGGAUUUCGAUUUUGGAUUUUAA